CACUACAAUACAUACAGGGCACCGCCACUCCCCACUCCACUCCAUAUCGCUCACCGCUGUUCGCUCCUUAAUCGCCUUUGCAAUCUCUUCCCACGGAAAAAUGGCGAAAUAUUUUAUUCUGUUGGUCGCUGUGUGCUUUCUGCCCGCCAUUGUUAGCGCUCGCUUUGCCCCCCAGGCUUAUCGGGUGACAGGCGUUGUAUACUGCGACACUUGCCGCUGCGGCUAUGAGAAUGAGGCCACUGAGUAUAUGGCAGAUGCUACUGUGAAAAUUGAAUGCAAAAACAAGGACACAGGGAAGGUUACCUUCAGCAAAGAAGGGAGGACUAAUUCAGAAGGGCGAUUUACGAUCAUGGUGAAUGAGGAUCGUGGCGACGACUACUGCGAUGCUGCCCUGGUUAAGAGCUCAAAUCCUGAAUGCCGUAAUCCCAAUCCAGGGCGUGACAAGGCGCGAGUUAUUCUAACCAGCAACAAUGGGAUGACCUCGAACACAAGAUACGUCAAUGCCAUGGGGUUCGAGCGGAACGUGGCCCUCGAGAGCUGCCCCCAGAUUCUCCAGAAGUAUGAGGUAACUGAGGAUGAAAUGAACUAACUAACUAACUAAAUAAAUUCACUUGGAAAUUUGAUUAUCAUUUAUAUGAUGUAGUAGUAAUAUAUUAUUGUUUGUGGCAGUUAAUCUUGUUGUUACUUGUGCUGAAUGGAUAUUAUAUAUGAUGUUGUCCGUUUAGGCCUUAGUUUUUAUUGUUAAACGGAUUUUAAGGUCAUAUAUUAUGUAUGUUGGAUUGAUGUUGCAAUAGAUCCUCUCUAUUGUUAUUA